GCAGCGCGCGGACCUGCUGCUCUCACAUCUGGCCAGAGCGCUCGAGCCUCCGCGUCUCCCAGCAACGGCGCUCCUCACUUCUCCCUCCGUUUACAGCCUCCUUUAACUUCUCUGUUUCCCGGUUUUACCCUUUUACCUGGGAUUAAAUCCGAGUUUCUUCUAUUUCAUUUUCUCCGUGUUGCCUUUGUAGUCGUGCCGUUAGCAUGUCCGCUGAAGACGCAGCAGCAGCCGCCCAACAGCCGCUGGCUGAGGAGCGGGCGGAGGUAGAGCCACAAGCCGCGGAGCAGGCACCCGAACCCGCCCAAGAGCAGAAGAGCGAGUCGGUGUCGCAGACAGCGCCGGAAGACAAUGCGCCGGAGGUGAAAGAGGAGGAAAAGAAGGAGGAAAAUGAAGAGGAUACGUUCACGUACCGCUCCCUGGUGUUAACGGGCUACGGCGGCUAUGAUAAAGUGAAGCUCCAGCUGAAGAAAGGCCUCCCGAGCCCCGGGGAGGGGGAAGUCCGGGUUCGAGUGAAGGCCUGCGGGCUAAACUUCGCCGAGCUGCUCGGCAGGCAGGGCCUCUAUGAACGACUACCGUCUCCACCCGUCACCCCGGGGAUGGAGUGCUCGGGGGUGGUGGAGGCUGUGGGAGAGGGUGUGCAGGACCGGCAGGUUGGAGACAGUGUGUUGGUCCUGGGUAGGUGUGGCCUGUGGCAGGAAGUCGUUGUGAUCAAGGCUGACCACACCUUCCCCAUGCCGGAUGGAAUGAGCUACGAGGAGGCCGCCGCUCUGCCCAUAAACUACAUCACUGCUUACAUGAUGCUGUUCGAAAUGGGCAACAUCAGACCUGAUAAAAGUGUCCUCAUUCAUAUGGCAGCAGGUGGUGUGGGUAUCGCUGCCACUCAGCUCUGUAACACAAUCAGUGAUGUCACUGUGUUCGGCACGGCCUCAGCCAGUAAACACGAGGUGAUAAAACAGGGCGGAGUCACACACCCCAUCGAUUACCGCACACGCGACUACGCCGAGGAGAUCCGCAAGAUCAGCCCCAAAGGAUUGGACAUUGUACUGGACCCUCUGGGUGGCUCUGAUACCCAGAAGGCCUUUAACCUCCUAAAGCCCAUGGGAACACUCAUCGUGUAUGGCGCUGCUAACCGGUUGACAGGUCAGAGGAAGAACCUACUGGCCCUGGCGAAGUCCUGGUAUAACCAGUUCACCAUCAGCGCCCUCAGCCUCAUGCACUCCAACAAGGCCGUGUGCGGUUUCCACCUCGGUUACCUAGACGACGAGUUCCCCCUGAUCGCCCGCGUGCUGCAGACGCUGCUGGAGCUCUACAAACAGGGCAAGAUCAAACCACGCAUAGACUCCACCUACCACUUCGAGCAGGUGGCGGAUGCCAUGCGGCGAAUGCAGGAGAGAAACAACAUUGGCAAAGUGAUCCUGCUCCCCGAACCAAAGAAGGAGGAGCCCAAAGCAGAAGAGGACAAAAAGGAGAGCGCCAACGAGGACAAGAAAGAGGGAGAACAGAAAAACGACAUCCAGAAGGAAGAGCGCCAAGAAGAGAACAAGGCAGAGGAGCCGAAGACAGGAGAAAGUUAAGCCGCCCGAUGCUGUGAUGUAUUCUCAUAACGGAAGUCUCUUCAUCAGAUGGGAGGGGCUCAUUACCGAAAAGCAGGGUUUGACUUUCAUAGGGUUGGGUUGGGGUUGCGAUGAUAAACAAAUCAAUCACAAAGAUCGUAGGACGGUUCCGUCAGAGAAAUUGUUCAGAACUUUUGAUUUACGUUAAGUGACCAUUCCCAAUUCACUAUAUAGGCACCGUGAAAUGCACUAUACCAACUAACAGAAUAAGCACAAGGGGAAAUGUUGAGAAAUGAUUAUACUCAGAAGCAUAAUCUCAAAUUUAAGUGCUGAUACACGUAACUUACACCUCUUGUCACACAACUCCCACCUUUAACCCUGAUUCAAGUCUGAGAAAAGAAAAAAAUUUGUUGUCCUUUAUUGCAAAAUAUGGAGUUUGUGCCAAAUAGCAAGUACUUUUUCAGCUAACAAACUAGCCUUGAGGCACAUGCUAAGACCAGUAUUAUUUAUCUAAGUAGCAGAGUUAGCUUUCAUCAGAUCCUUACUGGGUUCAGUGUUACAUGUUCAAGUUUGCGACCUACAGCAAUGCUGAGUCUGGUUGAAUUAAAACGUUAGAACAUUGUGUGAAAUUUAGCUUAUUUCACAUGGCAUUCGGUUCCUAGGAGUGUUUCCUUCAGCUUUUGUGCUUGUUAUGAAUAUACUGUCCACAGUGCAUACAAUGAUCUGAUUUGGGCUAACUAACUUAGCAUGGUUUCAGCAAUUCCUGCGUAUUAUCUUCAGUGCCACCUACACAAGGCCAGGAUGUUGGAACCCACAGUUAAUUCCUAAUUCCCACAAAUCUAGUAGCGGCAGUGCUAGUUAACCUAGCAACCUAGCUAGUUAAUAGUAACUUUAACUAGCUAGGUUAACAUCUGUUUUUCUAGCUAAUGCACUAAAGCUUUAGCAUUAGCUAGAAAACAGAUGUUAACUGAGCUAUUAAAGGUUUAGCAUUAGCUAGAAAACAGAUGUUAACCUAGCUAAAUAUAGUAGGUUAACAUCUGUUUUCUAGCUAAUGCACUAAAGCUUUAGCAUUAUCUAGGAAAUAGAUGUUAAACAAGCUAUUAAAGGUUUAGCAUUAGCUAGAAAACAGAUGUUAACCUAUCUAAAUAUAGUAACCUUAACUAGCUAGGUUAACAUUUGUUUUUUUAGCUAAUGCAAAGACUAAAGCUUUAGCGUCAGCUAGAAAACAGAUGUUAACCUAGCUAGUUAUUAGUAACCUUGCUAGGUUAACAUCUGUUUUCUUUAGACUUAGCUAGACAUUAGCUAGAAAACAGAUGCUAACCUAGCUAAUUACAGUAACCUUAACUGAUAGUCUGUAGUUCUAAAUAACGGAAACAUGGCAUUAGACUUUGCAUCGAAAUCUUUUUGAAGAAAUGAGGCACAUACAGUGUAACUAACACUGAUCUACAGCUAACAUUGGAAGAAACCAGCAAAGUCAAUCAUUUAGUGCACUGUGAGGGCAAAUCUUCCAGAAAGCACCUAAGGCUACCGCAGGUCAUGUGCAAAAAGCUCAAGCUCCUCGUCUUCUCACUUCCACUAUGCACCUGUUGCACACUGUUUCUCAGGUGACAUACGUCUGCCUUCGUGGGGCUUUUCUUGGUAAAACGGGGCUGAUUUAGCGCCUGUUUGCCCUGCACCUUACACAUGGCACAGGCCCACAUGUUUACUAGAAUCCCUGCCCACCACCCUAAAUUUUGAGAGAUUUUGUUGUUUUUUUCAAUUAGCAAAUACAGAAAGAAGUAAGAUAGUAGUAUUUCUACUGAUUGAAGUCAUUGAAACAGUUUACCUCUAAUCGAGUCAAUCAAGUGCCAAUGUGCCGUAUAACCGCACAAACCCAGGCCUUUGCACCCCUGCCUUAGCUUUGGCCCCGUCUGUAUUGCACGUUCUUUGGUCAACACAACCUGUGAAAAUGGCCCAAAUAUUGAGUGAAGAGGCCAAAUCACUGUUUUAAAAACAGGAUAGAUAGAAAUGGUAGGUUUUCGGUGAUGUGAUUAGCGUUUAGCGUGGCGAUUCCUUAUUGGCUGGUGACAGGAGGAGCAGUGCGAGUGAGAGUUUGUGUUCGUGAGUGAAUGUAGUCGUGUCUCCGUGGGCCGUAUCAGUCCUGUGCACCUGUAUCUCAGAGGGUUCAGGGUUUAAGGGACAUCGUGUAGUGUUUCUGGAAAAUGGUGUGACGGUUUGCUGAAGUGUUUCCGUCUCUUUUUUCGUUUCUUCUGUGGUUCGAUUAUCGUGCUAUGCCUGACUACAGCGUGCCAAACUGUCCGCCAACUACUAUGCCUUGAUGCAAAACUCGUGUGUUAUGGAAGUGUUGUACAAGGUUGCCUUCACUUCCUCAGUGGGCUCGAGGGGCUCUGAAAAAAACAAGCAUCUCCAGACCAUGAACUGUAAAACCUUUCGGCACAACGUGUAAAUAGCUUCUACAAGCAGUCGCUGCACUAUUUUUUAACUCUUUAGAUUCGCUCUAGCUUAUCCUGUUAGUCAGAAAGACAGUAGUCCCGAGCUUUUACUGCUUUUACUGCAAAAAUGUGCUUCGAUUCAUUUUCCAACACGAUCUUCCGAGAUUAUAGCGCCCAAUUUUUACCGAUCAGCUUUGACGUAGAGGUGGGCGAUAUGGCAAAAAUAUAACAUACUUGAAGUUUCACGAUACACAUAGUUGUUUUUUCUGAGGCUGCAUACGUUGAAACAGAUUAACCAGAAGUGCCACAUUUGAACUAUCAAGAACUAUAAAUUCAAUGUUUCACACACUGAACUGCGCUAAAUCCAAUUAAGCAGGACUAUUCAUGUGCUCUUUGUAAUGAAACAUGCAAUUGGUCAGUUCUGCGCAGAUAAGACCACCUUUUAGUUAUUUCAUUUCCAGUCAGAACGCACAGUAAGUGCAAGGUAUACAUUUUUCAGCAUCAGGAAAAAAGCAGAAGCCUUUCAGUUUUACUGGGAUUUUUUACACACCUCCAAGAAGUGACUUUUCACGAUACAGGUGAUCUGAAACACAUUCAUUUUCUUCUCUCUCUCUAUGGCGAAAGCUUUAAACGCUGUUUAUCUGGUGGUGACAGUUUUGAUUAUCCAGGUCCUGGUUUGGUUGGUGUGGUUGUCAGGAAUCCCAUUUUCUCUGUAUCUUUUAAUCGUUUUAUGUUAUAUUUCGCUGCUGUCCUCGUAUCUCCUGUUUUGCAGUUUUUGACACAGUCUUUACAUUGUGUAAAUAUGAUGAUGAGCCAAAGGAAACAGCCCAAAAUGACUUGGAAAUAAGUCUGGUUCCUUUGACUUGCAUGUAAAAGUAAAGUAUGGUUUUUCCUUCUCCUACAGUUACAGUUCUGGAGAUACAAAGUUUCGUUCUGAGAGCAGCGAUUUAGUGUUUAGUAUCGAUUUAUACAUGUUAUGUUUAGUCACUGGGGCUGAGGAAGUUCUGUUAACUUCACGUUUUUUGUUCUUGCGCUGAAAAAUAAAUAUCUUGCUUAAUGGCUGUUUUCACUGGAAGCUGGAUUAAUGAAAAGGAGUUCCUUUGCGUCAUUCUGAAUAUUCCAGUAUUCCAGUAUACUGCAAACUGAUGAUGUAAUUCAUAAACAGCGCCAUAUCACUCGCCCCUACUUCUACGACGUACUUCUGACAGCUUUCACUGUGGAUUUGUGAGUCAAUUGUGGCUGUAGAACUCGUUUAAAAUGGUGCGCAACAAAAUGCAGAAUCAUUUAUUGUAACCGGUUCCAUUCUGCAUUUUUGUCUUAGAGCUUGUGUUUGUGUUUGCCAAAGCCAGGAAAUGUUUAUCAUACACACACACACACACACACACACACACAGACAAUAAAGUGUUCCAGCCAGGAAACUUGAAUCCCACACAGUAGAAACACAUCACAGCAACAAAUAAAUGAGCCUUCGGUUAAGUCAAGGUCACCCUUCUGCUAUUAAGUCACACUUUCCUGUUUUCCACCCUCUGAUCGCUGCUCGAGUUGGGAGUGGAAAGCAGAGCAUUUGGCUCAGGCCUUAGUCCCUACAGCCCUCGACUUAAUCUGUAUUGUGAAAAACAACGUAACUCAAUCACAGCGUGAUAACUGAGCCCCUCUCACGUUUGAGCCCAUUUAAAAAAGCUCGAAGGAAAAAGUAAUGCAUUGAAUUAACUUGACUGAGUCAAGUACUUGAAUCAAAUGUAUUACAUCAAAACAGUCAUGAAGACAACAUUGUGUUGAUGUAGUAUAUUUCAUGCAUGUGGAAACUACACGUGUGAAUCAAGUCAGUUCAGCGCGUCACUGUUUUCACUGCACUGAUAGAGGAGCUUCCUCUAAACGGUUAACUCGGAGUCGGAGGAAGCAGAUGUUUUUUGCAGCUGUGGCAGAAACUUAAUGCCGUGGCACCGUUCAGAGGAAACUAAAGGUCCUAAUCCCAGCUGACGCUAACCUCACACAUUCCUCUUUUCUGCCUCAGUACUCUCAGGCUGACUUCAUCCCCCCCUGCCUUCUCUUCCUUCAUUUCAUAUGCCAACUUAAACGCCUAAAUGAGACAUUUUGAGUCAGGACCCCAGAUCAGACCGCGCCCAAAUCGCACACAUCCUUUUUUUAUCACUUCUGGCCUUUUUUAAAAGGCGAAUGCGUUUCAGUUGUCAUGCCUCCUCCUCUUCAGUCCUGGGUUGAGCUCGGGUGAAGACCAGACCCAGAAUGUGAAGAGGAUUGAGAAAGCUUCAGAAUGUGUUCUGCUUUCUGUCUCGCCAAAGGGCACCCACGGACAGUCCAGGCUUCAGAGAACUGCUAUUUCAGUGCUAGUAUUUCCUCCCGUCGUUGAUGGAAAAAAUGUCAGACUAAAGCGCCUUAACCUCAUGUAGUCCAUUCGCCGAGACACGUUUGGUGUCUUUUGAUUAGCUAACAUACAAAGGAAGCUCAUACCCCACCAAUUAGCAUGUUGCAAACUGCAUGCACAAAUCAUCAGUUGCCUCAAACUGUGUCAGGUUGUUAAGCAAUCUCUAACAGACUUUCGGACACUAUGACAUAUGGCUAUCUACAAAAAAUAGACACAAAUCUUUAGUAUAUCUUGAAGCUUGAACUGUGUCUGUACAUUUGACUACAAUUGGGGAAAAGAGAAAACUGUUAACCAUCACUUUAUAGUCUGAGUAGAUGAACUGUAGGUUAAGGUGGAGGUUCAGAAUGGAUUUCAAUGUAGGCUAAGAUCAGGGUGGUUACCCUUCGACUGAUGCUUUGACCUUAAGUUGAACUCAGCACACAGUGGGGUCCAGAAGUCUGAGACCACAUUGAAAAUCUGGGUUUUUUUUUUUUUGGAAAUAAACAAAGUUUUGGAAUUUUGGGAAAUUUAUAACAAAAUCAACCUACGACAAGUAAAAUGAUGAUAUAGUCAAGAUUCUGUUUCUUUGGUCACUGUUCAAAUGUAACCCAUUAAUGUCAAAAGCUAAAUUUGAAAUGAAAAUGCCACAAAAUUUGCUCUGAUUGAUCUAAUGUGGUGAAAUUCUGUACAGUUAUAUAUAAAUGCAUAUUCAACAGUACUUACAUUUUUUGAUUACAUUUCAUUUUAAUUCUGUUACUUACUGUCAGAACUCAGUAGUUCCAUACGUCCAAAAGACUGAAUGUGAUAUGACAAAUUAGCACUAUUUUUAGCCUUAUAAGUUUGGCCAAUUCAAAAAAUGUCUUCAGAGUUGUGCUCAGGCAAGCUCAGAGAACAUAUGCACCAAGGGAAAUUCAAAGUGUCAGAAAUGGUCAUUAAUGGGUUAAGUAAAUUGGUAACACUGACUCAAAAUUGUACACUUCUCUUAGAUUGAAGGUCUUCCAUUGAAGUACACAUUUAAACGACUCUCCGGUGAAUCUGAUCUACUCAUCAGGCCUUUUGCACCCACAUCAAUUACUAAGAAAUUCAGAAAAUUCACGUUAAACUUUCAAAGAUUCUGCUAUUCAGUUAAAUAAUGAUAUAAUUUGUAAUGAAAAAACGUCACAUUAAAUUUAAAAAGAAAGCAAAGUAGAUGCAUUUUCACUAGUGGUCUCAGACGGUUGGAGUCCACUGUAUAUCAGCAAGCAUAGUGCUUGAAUUAAUCAUUCUGUCCUGGCCACUCAACAAAAAAAAGAAAGAAAACUGGCUGGACUGAGGGUUGGUGGCCAUACUUCUUUGGGCCUUGGUACUUCCUGUAUUGCUUGACGUUUCUUGAGUCGGUGUUUGCAGAAACUUGUUACGAUUUCGCCACUUUGUAUUCCAAGCCUCUGAAUAAAUAACUGCUUUCGUGCUUGAGACUUGUUUAUAUGAUGCUGUUGAAAAUGAACUUGGAAAUGUGAUGCUUUAACAGUGUGUGGUGUUGCAGUUUUGCCUUACAAGGUAUUGUACAUGUUAUCUGGACUGAAUAAAAUGCAUACCAAAAACACG